ACUCGGAAUUCAAAACCGUGGGAAUCAGAGAAAGCAGACGAAGGAAAAAGAGAAAAAAAGGUUAAUAGAUACUUCCCUUUUUUUACGCCAGCAGCAGCAAUGCAAACGCUACUUCUGCCGGCAACACGCGCCGGCAGCAUCAUGGCGGCGUCUCCGGGGGUUCCGUUGUCAGCCUCCUCCAUCUCCGCCCCCCGUCUUCCUCAAACAUUUCUCCGGCCGAUUUCCUUACCCUCUCUCCCUCUGAAGCUGAACCAUUCUUCUUCCUCUAUAUCUCGUCGACCAUGGAAGCUUCCCUUCACCGUAAGCGCUUCUUCUCAAGUGUCUCCAGCUUUCACUCCCUCCAACGACGAAUCGGAAAAGGCAAAACUCGAGCAGGUUGCGAAGAGAUUGGAGAAGACAGCGAGGUAUUUCAAGCGUUUGGGUAGCUUAGGGUUUUGGGGUCAGCUAGUGUGCACCGUGGUGGCAGCCGUCAUACUUUCAUUUUCGGUUGUCGUCACCGGAAAGGUGACUUCGCCGGCAACGUUUUAUGCGACUGCGAGUGGAAUAGUGGCUGCCUUCAUUUCUGUGUUUUGGUCCUUUGGAUACAUUCGCCUCUCUGAAAAGCUUCGAAGAACUGCAAAUGACCCUACUAAGGCACCUCCUCGUGCUGAUGUAGUGAAAGGCUUGAAAAAUGGUAUAAUAAUGAACCUCUUUGGAAUGGGUGCUGCUAUUCUUGGGAUGCAGGCCACGGUUGGAUUGUUAGUUGCAAAGGCUCUCACUUCUUCGGCCACCCCAUAUUAUCAGGGAAUCUCUCCUGGUUAUAGCCCUGUUCUCGCAUUGGAUGUAUUUUUGGUGCAGGCUUCAGCUAACACUAUUCUUUCUCAUUUCCUUGGGCUUGUUUUCUCACUGGAGUUGUUACGAUCAGUCACGUUACCUCCUUCAGAAGCAAUUCCAUUUCCCAAGUUUGCGUAAUGUGUGCCCCAAGACUAGCAUGAUAAACACACCCAAAAAUUUGUACCCUCAUUUCUAGUGGUUGUUUUCUUAAUGAAUUGUGUUCAACUUUGAUACAGCAUCUUAAGGCCCUCUUCCUGGUGAUAGAUAUCGUCAGGUAUUUACAAGUUAAAAAGAACCUGUGCAAUAUUGUUAGUGAGCAUGAUAUUGCCUCCACAAAUGAAGAUCCGUGGCAGAUUACCACGAUUGCAGUGGUAGACCGCAUUGUCUGCACUCUACAGCUUGGACCUGUUUGGGUUCCAACGCUACCCCUUAUCACUUUCAUCGCUUGUUUACGGUAAGUGUCAAUAGGAGAAAUUUCAAAACGCAACUUUAAAAUAUUGUUUAUUAGACCUGUCAUGCAAUCUCCAGGUUUUUGUUUCUUUUCAAAAUACCCGCUAGCUUGUUUGACAGUAUGUUGGAGAGUUUUUAUCUAAUAACAAAAUUUUGUAUUUGCAUCACUUUUUAUUAUGCAUCAGAAUCUUGUACGGGAUUGGUCUUAGGUUCAUGCGCGAGAAACAUAGGACAUAGAAAUGCGUAUGGAACUUUCAUAUUUCGUUGUUUCACUUAUGAUCAAGCUAUCCAUUGCUCCAUUGCUAUAUUCUUCACUCAUGCUAAGUGCCAACACAUAAAGUCACAAUACAUACAUACAUCUAUAUAUAUAUAGAAUUUUCGCUCACUUAACGUCUUGUUGAAAAGGUAAAGAACAUUCGUUUUUGUGCUUGUUUCGAAUGUGUCGCGAGUAAAGAAUACCCGUACUUAACAUUGCAAAGAAGGUGGUGCAGCGAAAUGGUUAGUGGGAAUUCGAGGUGAAAUCCUAAAUACAAACCCGCAAAUUGAUGAAUUAUUGGUUUUGCAGAGUAGGAAAGAAAACGAGAACCCAUUUGAUGGUCGCCACAACCCUGGAAGUCAUGUCAGUAAGUCCUUCGAAGUCUUAUGCAAGUUAAUGGAUUAUAAACGAAUUCAACAUUGAUAACUAAAAUUGGUAUCGCAAAUUAAUUUAGUUUAUGACAUUGUAGAAAAGGUAAAUUUAGUUUCUCACUUUUGGCAGUAGUCAAUCAAUUUGAUCCCUCAUAACAGUUAAUACAGAACCCAAAACCAAAACAUUAACUUAACAAAAUUUACAGAAGAACUUUAAACUAAUUGAAAAAGACCUCCGAAAUUUUGGUCAUACAAAAAGUUGAUAACAGAAAUAUCUUGAAUUAUUCUUGAUUUUUGGGUUUUCUAAUCAUACUCUUAACCAUAUGAAAAAGGGGUUAAGAAACGUUAUCAAUCUUAAUUAACACAAGAUUUUAUACAAACAGCGCUGGUAUUUGUUUUGUUUUACUAGGAUGCCUUAAACCGUUUUUGUUUUUUGUGUCUUCUUCUCCUGAGCAAAUGAAAAUUUUCUUCUCUCUCAUUUUAACAUUCAAAAAGGGGUAGAGUAAAUAAUGGUUAUUUGUUUGUUUACAAGAUAUUUUGCUUAACACUCGUAAACAUAGGCUAGUUACCAAGUUUGAUUGUUUGAAACUAGAAAAUCUAUAAAUAUAACAAUUAUAGAAAUUUCUACUCUGUACCGAUGCAGUACGAAUUCAAGGUGGUUCUUCAAAAGCGUAUCCCUUCAUGUUACUCCACAUGGAAUAUUGAACAGAAACGAAAUGGAAACAAUAUAGGACUUUGAGAUUUCAUAUUUACCCAACGAGUGGUAAAAAAUGAUAUAUUGCCUCUCUGAUAGACCAUUCAAUCAGUGAAAGAAAAAGUUAAUUCAGUUUUUGAGAUGGUAGAUUCGCAAAAGACCGAAAAAUAAUAUCUUCUGAAAAAAGGAAAAGCUUAACAAAGUUGAGAUCUUAAGAUAUUAAUUAUUUCUUUUUAAUUUUACAUUUAUAAUAUUUUCUAAACAAGUCUCUCGUAAGUCGUAAAACUUUUUUCCUCUUGCAAAUGGAAAGCCUAGUUAUGCAAAGGAUUGUCCGGUCUCAUUGAACUGUGCGUAACAUUGCCGAUGGACACAUCUCCAUGUAAAUCAAAAGUGAAAACCUUUUAU